UUCACUUCCGGUGCGGUAUCCGCCCCCAAACAUGGCGGCUGCAGCUGCCUGGGUUGUGAUGGCGGCCGCCGAGGGAAGGCGCGCCUUCUGAGCGCCGCGGCUUCUCCUCCUCCGGGCUUCUGCCGUCGGUGCCAUGGCGCCGGUGCAGCUGGAGACGCAGCAGCUGGUGCCUGCGGGGGGUGGCCCGGCUCCCGUGCCUGCCCCGGCACCCCCCGCAGCGGCGCCCCCCGCAGCCAGCCCCGGCUACCGGCUCAGCACCCUCAUCGACUUCCUGCUGCACCGCACCUACGCAGAGCUCACUGUCCUCGCCGACCUAUUACCAAGGAAAACUGAUAUGGAAAGAAAAAUAGAAAUAGUGCAAUUUGCAAGUCGCACACGGCAGUUGUUUGUUCGAUUGUUAGCCUUGGUAAAAUGGGCAAACAAUGCUGGAAAGGUUGAAAAAUGUGCGAUGAUAUCAAGUUUUCUAGAUCAACAAGCCAUUCUGUUUGUUGACACUGCUGAUCGUCUAGCAUCACUAGCCAGAGAUGCCUUGGUCCAUGCCCGUCUACCUAGCUUUGCUAUUCCUUACGCAAUUGAUGUAUUGACAACUGGGUCAUAUCCACGGCUGCCAACAUGUAUACGGGAUAAAAUAAUUCCUCCUGAUCCGAUAACUAAAAUUGAAAAACAAACAACAUUGCAUCAGUUAAACCAGAUUCUUCGCCACCGACUUGUGACAACAGAUCUUCCACCACAGCUAGCAAAUCUCACAGUAGCCAAUGGUCGUGUGAAGUUUCGUGUUGAGGGUGAAUUUGAAGCUACUUUAACAGUGAUAGGAGAUGAUCCUGAUGUCCCAUGGCGUCUCCUCAAACUGGAAAUUCUUGUUGAAGAUAAAGAGACUGGAGAUGGCCGAGCCUUAGUUCAUAGCGUGCAGAUCAACUUCAUCCACCAAUUGGUCCAAUCCCGUCUGUUUGCAGAUGAGAAACCUCUGCAGGACAUGUACAAUUGCCUGCACUCCUUCUGCUUGUCGCUACAGUUGGAAGUUUUACGUUCACAAACUUUAAUGCUGAUUCGAGAACGCUGGGGUGAUCUUGUGCAAGAGGAGCGAUACCAACCAGGCAAAUGUCUAUCCCUGUCUGUUUGGAACCAACAGGUGGUAGGGAGAAAAACAGGAACUGCAUCUCUUCAUAAGGUCACCAUUAAAAUAGAUGAGAAUGAUGUUUCAAAACCUUUGCAAAUCUCUCAUGAACCUCCCCUUCCAGCUUGUGAUUCCAAACUAACUGAAAGAGCUAUGAAGAUAGAUCAUUUGUCAGUAGAGAAGCUUCUGAUAGACAGUGUCCAUGCAAGAGCUCACCAGAAACUCCAGGAACUGAAAGCCAUUCUUAAGAGCUACAAUGUCAAUGACAAUUCAUUUAUAGAAACAGCUCUGCCAACACUUGUUAUCCCUAUUCUCGAGCCAUGUGGUCGAUCUGAAUGCCUACAUAUUUUUGUAGACCUUCAUUCUGGAAUGUUUCAACUAAUGCUUUAUGGAAUUGAUCAGCAGACAUUGGAUGACAUGGAGAAGUCUGUCAAUGAUGAUAUGAAGCGUAUUGUUACAUGGCUUCAACAACUCAAGUUUUGGCUUGGACAGCAGCGUUGCAAACAAUCAAUAAAACAUUUGCCUACAGUCAGCAGUGAAACACUACAGCUUGCCAAUUAUGCUACACACCCUGUGGGGAAUCUCUCCAAUUACAAACUCUUCAUCAAACUCACCCGACUUCCACAGUACUACAUUGUAGUGGAGAUGUUUGAUGUUCCCAACAACCCCACACAGCUGGAAUACAAAUACUACUUCCUUUCUGUGAACUAUGCCGAAGGAGAUGACAACCCUGCCACUGCUGUUCUGCUGCAGCAAUUUAAACCAAAUAUUGAGGAGCUGGUUUUGGAUUCAAAAAGUGGGAAACAAGCAAAAGGUGGAACGAAGCGCAAGUUGUCUGGUGACCCAUGUCCCGCAGAACCCAAGAAACCAAAACGUUCUGGAGAAAUGUGUGCCUUCAAUAAAGUUCUAGCUCAUAUUGUAGCCAUGUGUGAUACAAAUAUGCCAUUUAUAGGACUUCGUAUGGAGUUAUCUGCUAUGGAGAUCCCACACCAAGGAGUCCAGGUUGAAGGAGAUGGCUUCAGUCAUGCUAUUCGUUUAUUAAAAAUUCCUCCCUGCAAGGGGACAAGUGAGGAAACCCAGAAGACUCUGGAUCGUUCUCUUCUUGAUUGCACUUUCCGAUUGCAAGGUAGAAAUAACCGCACCUGGGUGGCUGAAUUGGUAUUUGCAAAUUGUCCGCUUAGUAGCACUUCUUCCAGGGAACAAGGCCCGACCCGUCAUGUUUACCUGACAUAUGAAAGCCAGUUGUCUGAACCAGUUGGUGGCCGAAAAGUAGUUGAGAUGUUCCUCAGUGACUGGAAUAGCAUUGCUCGAUUGUAUGACUGUGUGUUAGAAUUUGCCCGAUCCCUACCAGAAAUACCCAGUCAUCUGAAUGUUUUCUCAGAAGUCCGUAUUUACAAUUAUCGGAAGUUAAUUCUUUGCUAUGGAACUACCAAAGGAAGUUCUAUCAGCAUUCAGUGGAACUCUGCCCACCAAAAAUUCCACAUAUCACUAGGAACAGUUGGACCAAACUCAGGUUGCAGUAACUGUCAUAAUACCAUCCUGCAUCAGCUCCAGGAAAUGUUCAAUAAAUCACCAAAUGUAGUCCACCUAUUACAGGUUCUGUAUGAUACUCAGGCCCCAUUAAAUGCGAUCAACAAGCUCCCAACUGUGCCAAUGCUGGGACUCACACAACGUACCAAUACGGCCUACCAAUGUUUCUCAAUUCUGCCUCAGUCCCCCACGCACAUCAGGCUGGCCUUUCGGAACAUGUACUGCAUUGACAUUUACUGCCAGAGCCGUGGGGUGGUGGCAAUUCGUGAUGGAGCAUAUAGUCUAUUUGACAAUAGCAAAAUUGUGGAAGGCUUUUAUCCUGCCCCAGGACUAAAGACAUUCCUGAACAUGUUCGUUGACAGCAAUCAAGAUGCACGAAGACGGUCUGUCAAUGAAGAUGAUAAUCCACCAUCUCCUAUUGGAGGAGACAUGAUGGAUUCAUUAAUAUCACAACUUCAGCCUCAGCAGCAGCAGUCUUCCAAGCAGACGGGAGCACCUGGGGCUUAUCCUUUGACAUCUCCCCCUACAUCUUACCUCAGCACUGUUACCCCAUCACCUUCCAUGAUGCUCUCUCAAUCCCCGGGAAACCUUCAUGCUGCGAGUUCUCCAAGUGGGGCAUUGAGAGCGCCUUCACCAGCAUCAUUUGGUCCAACCCCUUCUCCUUCAUCUCUUGGAAUCACCAUGGGUCAGAGUGGAAACUUUGCCAGCCCACAUGGUACCAUAGAUCCCAGUUCACCAUACACAAUGAUGUCCCCCAGCCAGCGUCCAGGGAAUUGGCCAGGCUCUCCUCAGGUCUCUGGGCCCUCUCCAGCCGCACGGAUGCCUGGGAUGUCACCAGCCAACCCUUCCUUACAUUCUCCAAUACCAGAUGCUUCUCAUUCCCCACGAGCGGGAACAAGUUCCCAAGCAAUGCCAACCAACAUGCCACCUCCUCGUAAACUACCUCACCGUUCCUGGGCAGCAUCUAUUCCCACAAUUCUCACUCACAGUGCCUUGAACAUCCUGCUCCUGCCCUCUCCCACCCCUGGACUUAUGCCAGGGCUGGCGGGAAGCUAUCUCUGCUCUCCACUUGAACGUUUCCUUGGAUCAGUUAUCAUGAGAAGACAUCUCCAAAGGAUUAUCCAGCAGGAGACGCUACAGCUAAUCAACUCCAAUGAACCGGGUGUGAUCAUGUUCAAGACGGAUGCCCUGAAGUGUAGAGUUGCCCUCAACCCAAAAACUAACCAGACACUGCAACUGAAAGUAGCACCUGAAACUGCAGGGCAGUGGAAACAAGAAGAGCUACAAGUUUUGGAGAAAUUUUUUGAAACCAGAGUUGCAGGACCACCCUUCAAAGCCAAUACAUUAAUAGCCUUUACGAAGCUGCUAGGAGCACCUACUCAUAUUCUCCGGGACUGUGUACACAUUAUGAAACUAGAACUGUUUCCGGAUCAGGCAAGCCAGCUGAAAUGGAACGUGCAGUUUUGUUUGACAAUUCCUCCAAGUGCGCCACCAAUUGCGCCUCCAGGAACACCUGCGGUUGUGCUGAAAUCCAAAAUGUUGUUCUUCCUUCAGCUAACACAGAAGACCACAGUCUCCCAGGAAGCCGUGAGCAUAAUAGUCCCAAUCAUUUAUGACAUGGCUUCAGGGACAACACAACAGGCAGAUAUUCCUAGGCAGCAGAACUCUUCUGUUGCGGCGCCCAUGAUGGUUAGCAAUAUUCUAAAGAGGUUUGCAGAACUGAAUUCACCAAGGCCAGGUUUCCUACCUGACUUGUUCUCCACUGCACUCCUCUGAGGGAAGCCUGGGGGCCAGGAAGAUGGAACUACUAAUAAAUUACUCCAUAAAGUAACAACUUAACAGCACUGGCUUAUACUUUCUGUAUCCCAUGACUAACAUUUCACCUUGACUGUAUCUUUUCUCUUGUGCUGCCUGCUUUGUUUCUGUGAGAAACAUUUUGUAAUCAGUCUCACUUUUCCUUUAAUAAAAGUGUUAUAAACUUUUGAAAAGUGAUUCUUUUUUGAACAGUUCUGUUCUUGGGUAUGGAGCUUUUACCCAAAGCACUAACUUCUUCACAGGAAUGUUUUUCCCCUGCAAAGAUACCCUUGUUAACUGCUUAUUGGUUUAGUAAUUAAAAUCACUAUCGUGAAUUUAUUUGAAUGAAUUGCUAGCAUAUUCUUAGUGUAGUGUUACAGCAUAGACUCCAAAAUGACACUGUAUGGAUAUACACAUAAAAUUUAACUACACUGGAACAGCUGAUAGGAUUGAAGUGGUGUGGAUGGUGCCUCUUCAAAUACUUGCCUUUACUUUGGUAACACUCCAUCCUGAAACCCUGAUCAGCACUAAGGGAAGCUGCAAUUUGGGAGGGUUAGCCAUUGUCUUCCACCUGGGUAUAAAGGUGAGUUAAACUACAUCCACGCUGUGUGUCACAAGCAGUUGGAAUAUUGUGCAUGCUGCCCAUAACUCAUGCAUGUGCCAGAGAUACCUAUUUUCUGCCGUCCAAAAACUGUUUCAGGAGGCAACUGCAUUUCUAUCAGAUGUAAUGGCAUUGGUCUUCUGAUUGUAUCACCCAUGUGGCUUUAUUGACACUGGAAAAAUGUGGUAAUUGCAUUUUUGUCUCAUUAUUUCAAAUGAUAAUGGCAUCAACAUAAUAAAUUAUGUCUUAUAAGCAAAAUUUUACAGAGGGCUCCAUUCAUUUGCAAUCCAUACAAACUAAGAAGACAAAAAACAACUCCAAAAACAGCAGCCGCACAGUUUUUGUGAAUCUUUUUACUUCAAAAGGGAGACUCAAUGUGAGCUCUUAGUCCUGAAAUUAUGGCUGAUCCUUGUCUUAGAUUCCACCAGCAAAGGAGCUCAUUACUGAUGGAAGCAUAAACUGUUGUUUUUAAUAGUACUCUGCUGUAAGUUAAUGUUUGAUGUCACUGACAAUAGAUGUGUGCUUUCUUAGUCUAAUUUAGUAUUUUUGUACUUUAAGUGGAGAAAAAAAUAUUUUGUAUCAGUGCCUGUUAAUAGCAGUAGUUUAUAAAGCUAGCUUUUCAUCACUAAGGAUAAGCAGUUGGAGCAGCUUUCAUUCUGCUAUUAGUUGUGAUUAUCCUAAUUAACCAUCUAACAUUAACUGACCAAUUGUUUCUUGUCUUCAAACAGAAAUUUGAUUUUCUGUUUUAGAAGAAUGGCAUAUAAUGCAUGCCUAGUCCUUCCUGAAUCAUUCAGUCUUUAGAAGUAAAAUUUCUCAAAUUAUAUGUAUGCACAGAGGAACACAUGUGGAAGCUGUUGCAUUCUGUCCUCUUUAAAUCAUGCAAGUGAUGAUAGGCUGAUGAACAGAGCUUCAUAGCUAAGGAAAAUUUUGAAUCCACAUCUUGGGCAAAUCCCAACAUUUUGCACUAAACCUGGCUUUUCUAGUUGUGUGAAGAAAGUGUAUUUGCAGUGUUUGGUGAAUGCUAAUAGUAGUUUGUGGCAUUAUGUGCUUUACUAACUUGUUGACAUUUUUAUUUUUCAUACUAGUGGGUUGCAGUUUCUGAUAGGCUAGAAUAAGGCAGUUUAUAUGGUAUAAGUUAGUGGGUUACAGUUGCACCUGAACAUAAUUGUAUUUACUUGCAAAAAACUGAUUUGUGACACACCCUUUGACAAAUUGACGUGUUGUUGAUUGCCUUUAUCGCUGCCAUGGUUCGCAUAUUUCUGUCGCUAACUUGUGUUUCUUUCCCUUGUUCCAGGUGAAUGUACAAUCUUUGCCGCUGUUCGAGAUUUAAUGGCUAACCUUACACUGCCCCCUGGUGGGCGUCCAUAGGCUAUUUUUAAGCAAAGGGUAAAAAUGAAGCCGCAAAAACAUUUCUCUGAAAUAAAGCCUUCAGUUAUAUAAAAUGGAAGAGACGUUUUCACGUGUCACAUUUUUAAAAAGAGCUAAUACAUUGGAUUGGCCUACUUUCAGGGAUGCACUUUCAUAAAAAAAAAUUUGUACAGUUCUCUGUAUGUUUCGAGGAGACGUUUCAAACUCUUAAUAGAUUUAUGUAUCCGCUUGCCAGUAAAUAGAGUUAAUAUUCUGUUUUAUACUACAAAGAUUAUGAAAAUGCCAAAUUUGUUAAUUUAAAUGUUUUUUUCCUAUGUCUUGGUGUAAUAGUCUUUUUUUUAAGGGCAGGUCUGUCAUUUUUGGAAUACUGUAAAACUGUGACAAACUUUAUAUUGACGCUGUAUUUUAAUAUGACUGCUUUGAAACAUUUAAAAUUGGGCUUGUUGUAAACAUGACCCCCCCCCCAAAAGCAAUAUUUAAUAAACUAGAUUUUAAAAAAUG